AUGCUAUCUACCUCAGCAUCCCAAAAACAAUCAACCCAAACUUCUUCUACUUCUUCUUCUUCUUCAUCAGCUUCGCCUUAUUUUGCUCAACUAUCUGGUCUACUUUAUGAUUCAUCUUCGGCUCCAUACACUCCUGCUAGGAAUUCAUACUCAGACCUUCCAGAAUGCGUAAAUCCAUCUCUCCUCCAGCUACACCCAACUGGUCCUACUGAUUACUCUUAUUCUAGACCCCAAUCAUCUUCCUCGUCAUCUUCAUCUUCCGGUAAUGACUUUUCCACAUAUCCUCCUUCAUCCUCUUCUUCCUUUUCUCUGAAUUCUCCUAGCCUUGCUGGAAACGCAAGCCCUAGAACCGGCACUCUGCGCACAGCAAGCCCAGCCCUGCUCCAAACCUCAUCAUCUGGUUUUGACUCUCAAUAUUUUAAUAUGGACAAUCAUCCACCCUUUGGCAGUCUACCUACCCCUCAACACAACCACUCUUCUCCAUUAUCUCUGACUCAGACCCCUAUCAGAACUCGUGCUAUCCACAUGAACCAUCCUGAUGAAGAUGCUCUUAUGGAAGACUUGAUGGAUGAUAAUAGUGAUGAUGAGGAUGAUCCAUAUACCUCGCCAAAUAACUUUAAUGUUGAUUAUUCUUCAUGUGCAUUUGAUAACUCUAAUUACAUGAUGAAUAACAAUAGCAAUGUAACAUCAAGUUUUAGCCAGCAAUCUUUGCCGCAAAUUCACCAUGAGCAACAACAACAACAACAACCACAGCAACAAUCACAACAACAACAGCCUAGAAGAUCUUUCCCUAUUUUUGCUGGCCCAACUAAUAUUCUCCCCAUGACAUGCGCUCAAAACUUGGUGAAACCUGUUGACCAUUCUCUUGAUUCAUUUUGGCCCCAUGAUUCUGUCGAUCCUUACUCCCUUACGGAACCUAGCUUUUUUGCUGGACCCUCAUCUAACAAUGCUCCUUUUAAUUUUGACUUGAUGUAUGAUGAGUUUGAAGACGAUGACGAUGAUGACGACGACGAUGUAUUUGAAGAGUCGUUGUUUUCAUCUUCGGAGGAGGAUGAUGACGACGAUGAUGACUUGUACGACGAGACAAAGCAUGGCGGAAAUGCCGAGUUUAUGGCUGCAGGCCAGCCACCCAUGUCUAGUGGCUUUGUCCACACUAGUGAAGGUACUGAUGGUGCAAUUUCAGGAAAUGGGUUUUCGGAGUUGACUCAUUUUACCCCAACAAGAACAACACCAGCAUCAUCAAUAAGCACUAAAAAUCCUACUAGACCUUCAACAAUAAUAACAAAUCCCUUGCAUCCUUCUUUGACGCUAUCUAACCACGACAAUAACGGUAUGAUGUUGUCAGCUGAGGUGGAGCCCCCUAUCAACAACACCUACACCCAGCCCCAGUCUACUUUUACUACCACCACCCCUGAGUCGACUGGUACUGUCUUUUUGGGGGCUGCCUUUGAACCCACCACCCCUGUCACCCCUGCGGCUCGUAAGAAGAAGACAGUUUCUGCGGCCGACGAUAUUAGCAUAUCUCUUGCAUCCAAGUCAAAGGAGGCAACCAACUAUAGAAAGCAUGUGCGCAGUGCUUCGCAACCAACAGCCAUGAUGAUGAAUUCUCCUUCAUCCUCGCCUGUAGGUGGAUUUAGUUCUCAUGCACCCAUGCUGGCUAAUUAUAAUAGCCCACCAUCAUUUUCUGGAACACUUGAAGAAUUUCCUCAGGUUUAUGGUGCACGUGGCCGUCCCCCGGCCUUUAAGAGUGAGGAGCCAUUGUCGUCGAUGAGUUUUGGUUUGAACUUGUCUUCACCCCAAACUUCUCCUUCUUCACCUUUACACCAAACUGCUUCCUCCUUCUCCUCCUCCUCUUCCUCUUCUUCUUCUUCUUCUUCUUCUGGUUCUUCUGGUUCUUCUUCUAACUCAUUGCGUGGUGGGAAACGCCGGGGUGCUGUGGCUAAUAACGGACCACACCGGUGUGAGCUAACUACGAGCAAUGGCCGGCCUUGCAACAAAGUGUUUUCGCGACCUUAUGACUUGGUGCGACACCAGGAUACUAUUCAUGCGGCAGUACGCAAGACUUAUACAUGUCCCAUGUGUGGUCCCGGGUCGAAGACGUUUUCGCGAACCGACGCGUUGACGCGGCACAUUCGUGUAAAGCAUUCGACAUCUGCGGAAGUUGCUGCUGCCACAGCCCAUGCCAUUGAGCCUGUUUCUGCCAAGUAA